GACACUAACAUUUCCUUAACAGAAUCCAAUUUUUUUCGACAGACGACGGGCGAGGAAAUUAUGCGCAGCGCGUUGUUGUGGUUAUUUUUUUUAUUUAUUUUUUCGUAAAUAUAUAUAUACCCAAAAGUGCAUAAUUGGAAUGAAAGGCAAACAUAAAGUGUUCCAUUCACAAGUGUAUGUGCAUUUGGCAUUAACUUUCCUCUGAAAGUUGAGCGCACGAUAUUGCAGGCAACGCCAUCAUCGUCGUCGUCGUCGUCGUUUGUGUGUGGAGCGGUGUGCUGUGCUUAGGAACGGAGCGUGAGAGAGAAAGAGAGAGAAGAGAAGCGGACAAACGGCAAGGAAUAUCGCAAAAAAAAAAGUUGCAGCAAAAGCAACAACGUGCGUGCGUGUGUGUGUGUAGAAAGAAAAGCAUUAAAAAGCCAGAAUAAGAGGAACCACAUUGGCAGCAGGAGAAAAAACGAAACGAAAGAGCGCAAGGUGGGAACUAAGAACAACGAACGACAGCUAAACGGGUGACAGGCGCGACAAGAAAGACAAGAAAAACAGGAGUACAAAUAUACUAAAAGGGCGAAGACAGCAGCAAAGCAACAACAACAGCACCAAGACCAACAACAACAGCAACAGUAGCAGCGAUAAAAUGUUAACCAGCGCCAAGAACAAACAAUUCAAAUAGUGUUCAUUUGGAUAGAGCAAAAAAAAAAAAAAAAAUCGCAUUUGCCGCUUGUGUAAAUGUGUAUGCAUGUGUGCGUGUGCGUUUGGGUGUAGGUGCUUGUGUGUCUGUGUGUGGCUGUGACAAUGUGUUUUUAUAACAGCGCCUAAUUCGCAAGCAACAACAACAAACGCUAGCAAAAUUAUAUCAGUGAGAAUCCGAAGCUGGAAAAUCAACAACAACAACAGUAGCAGCAGCAGCGGCGGCAAGAACAACAACAACUACCAGCAUUCGCUCGCUCGAUCCCAUUUCACGCGUCGCCUCACCUCGUCUCGCCUUGCCGUCUCUUAUGUUGUUUUCUGUCUGUCACACUUGCAGUUCCAUACGAUCCGGCAUCGCUACGUCAUCGUCAUCGAACUAUCAAGCUAUCGGCCAUCAUCCACAUAAUCAGCACAGGUUCCACACCGGCCAUAUCCACUGACGUUGCACCAGCAACAGAAGCAACACAAACAACAAUAACAACACCAAAAACAAUAACAGCUACACAAUGCCCAAAUGCGAUGUGAAAACCCGUUACAUUCCGGCGACUUUCGCAUGGAUUGUGCUGCUACUUACAACAUUUCUCUUCUUCUUCUAUCCCUGCCAAUACUAUGUGAAGAGCCAUCCGUGGGUGCUGGCCUAUCAGGGCGUCAUCACGUUCUUUGUGCUGGCCAACUUUACGCUGGCCACAUUUAUGGAUCCGGGAGUUAUACCCAAAGCCUCGCCCGACGAAGACUGCGAGGAGGAGUUCCGUGCACCGCUCUACAAGAAUGCCGAGAUAAAUGGCAUUACGGUCAAGAUGAAAUGGUGCGUCACCUGCAAGUUCUAUCGCCCGCCUCGCUGCUCCCACUGCUCGGUGUGCAAUCACUGCAUAGAGACGUUCGACCAUCACUGUCCCUGGGUGAAUAAUUGCAUUGGCAGGCGCAAUUAUAGGUUCUUCUUCUUCUUUCUGGUCUCACUCUCAAUCCAUAUGCUGAGCAUCUUCUCGCUGUGCCUGUUCUACGUGCUCAAAAUCAUGCCCAACAUCAAGCAGACGGCGCCCAUAGUCGCAAUGAUACUGAUGGGUCUUGUCACUGUGUUGGCGAUACCAAUCUUCGGGCUAACGGGCUUCCACAUGGUUCUGGUGUCGCGGGGCCGCACCACCAACGAGCAGGUGACGGGCAAGUUCAAGGGCGGCUACAAUCCGUUUUCGCGCGGCUGCUGGCACAACUGCUGCUACACGCAGUUCGGACCACAGUAUCCCAGCCUGCUGAAGCCGAAGAAGUACGCAUCCCGGCGUUCGCAGACCCAGAAUCAAGCCAUCAGCACCAUAUGCAACGAUCGGACCAAUCAACAGACCAACGCCGGCAGUGGUAACGGGGCCGGGGCCGGAGCCGGUGGCAAUGGCAGCACGGCCGGCGGCGUCGGCGUCGGCAGCGGCAUGCGCGGCACUGCGGUACAAUAUUCACCCCGCUCCUACUACGAGUCGAGUCGGGAGAAGCGUGGAAUUCAGGUAAAGACUUAUAUGGCCGAGGGCAAUGGUUAUAAUCAACGGUCGGGCAGCACAACGCUUUAUAGUAAGCUGUCGCCGGGACGCGAGUGCUCCGACACGGACCUGGAGCCGCCGCCCGCCUCACAGAGCCAAGACUGCGAGCCGACGCCGCCGCUGCAGCGCCACAACUCGACCAACUUCUACCUGCCACAGGUGAGCGACACGGCGCCUGGCAUCAACAUGAGCAACAUGAACAACGGCAACAUUGCCAGCGGUGCGGGUGGUGCGUCCAACUCGGCGCAGUCCGGCGGCGGUGGCGACUCGCCGCGUCACUUGCGCAUGUAUCAUCCACGGCACAGUCCGCACGCGCGCACCAGGGGCCUGGAUCCGCAGCGCGGCUACACGAGCGAUCCACUGUCGCCGGACCAGCCGGGCGGUGGCUACGUCGUCAACGGGCAGCAGGGCAUAUCAGUAGCACAAAGCCAGCGCGGUGGCACCACCACGGCCACGCCUACCAUGCAACAACGAAUUAAGCCACUGGGCGUGGCCACCCCACUCGUCAGCGCCAGUCCAGUGAGAAGAUCCAAUCCGGGCACACCCACGCAGCCUCGACGCCCCGACUUCAUCGGGCUGAACGCGCAGGCGGCCCAGCAACAGCAGCAACAGCAGCAGCAGCAGCAGCAACAACAACAGCAGGCGGCCGCAGCGGCAGCUGCCUACUAUGAGUACACCAGCGGGCUACCGCCGCAGCAUCCGCAGGCGCCGACGAUUCAGCACCAGCAGCAGCUGCUGCUGCAACAGCAGCGGGUCAUGCUGCAGCAUCAGCAACAGCAGCAGCAACAAGUGCUGCAGCAGCAGCAGUCGCUGGCGCAGGCUGCUUAUGGCGGCAGUCCGCAGCGUCGCUUCCUGUCUGAGGGCGAGCUGGUGCGGCAGGGCGCUGGCGGUGAGCUCUCCUAUGCGCGCUCCAACAACACGGUGGACAACAUACGCGAGCUGGCUGGCAGUCCGCAGCGCGGCGUCUACAUGUGGAAGGACACCUCCCCUGGCUUCGGCGGCGGUGGCGGCGGACCGGCCAGCGUCAGCAUUGGCAGCAGUGCGGGCACUCUGCCAAGCAGCAGCAAUACGGGCGGCAUGAUGCAGCAUGCGCAGUACAUAACGGCCGGCGGUGGCGCUCAUCCGCUCAUCAUGACCCACUCGCGCCUGCAGGAGCAACAGCAGCAACAGCAGCAACAACAACAACAGCAGGCGGCCUUGGCGAACGCUGCAGCGGCGGCUGCUGCCUCAUAUCAUCGCUCCAAUCCAACGAGCCCCACAACCUUGCCACAGACGUCCGCUGCACAAUCGUACAUUCUGCGCUACGGCGGCGGCGGCGGUGGCGCCGGAGCGAGCGCCCAGUCUGGCAGCAGCGGCAGCAUCGCCAACAUGCCAACCAGCAAUGCCGGCCCUGUGUCCGGCGGCUAUCAGCCCCAGUUGCGUGGCGGCGUGGCAGUCUUUCCGCCCAACCCGCUGGCCGGCGUCAACGUGAGCAGUGCGGCCGGGGCGCUGCAGCCCCAGCCAUCGCCUCAGAUCAAGCGCAAGCAGACGCCAACGAGGCCGAUGAGUUUUGUGCGCGCCCUGGAGAUGACCGAUUCAAUGGAGAUGCAGACACUUGAGCAGCAGCAGGCGGCGGCGGCCGCUACGAUUGCGCGCAACAACGGCGGACUGCCCAGCGGCAUUCCGGCGAGCCUGGCGCAGCAGAAUGCGGCCGCAGCCGCCGCUGCAGCUGCUGUGGGACGCAAUGCGGCGGCCGCAGCUGCCGCGGCCGCAUCGAAUGCCACUGGCACACCGGACCGUGCCAGCAUCUAUGAUAUGAACUAUGAGAUCUCCGUAUAACCCGUGGUUGUGCCCGUCGUCGUAAUGCCACCCGCCUCAACAGCCCGCAGUGCAGUUGUCACGGCAGCGGCAACGGCCACGGCCACGGCCGCCUACUACACCCAGCAGCCACAAGAACAACAACUGCAACAACAGCAGCAGCAGCACACCAUUCUUAACCACGGGGCAGAGCCGGCGGCAUACGCUUCGGUGCCCGUACACAUGCCCAUGCCCAUGACCGUGCCGGUGCCGGUACCGGUGCCGGUGCCUGUGCUGGUCGCCAAGCACUGCAACGGGAUCAGCCAGAGCCCCCCCAACAUCAGCAAGACGCCAAACAAGCGCAAGUUCUCCACGUUCUUCUGAAGCUACAGUCAUAUAUAUAUGUAUAUAUACAUAUAUGUAUAUAGAUAGAUAGAUAGAUGUAUAUGUAUGCGUAAUGGGAUAUCGCAAAGCUGUUCGGUUUGGCUUGGAUUUUUUACUCCUAGCGUAUUGUUAAAAUCUUAUUUUGAUUGAUUUAUAUAUUUUAAUAAUUUAUUUAAAUUUUUUAAAUAUUUUACAUAAGCAUUUCAAAGUUGGAUGUCGAAAGAACUGUAAAUAGAGAAUACUAUUUGUAACUAUCAGUUUUUAACUUACGCAUAAGACAGGAAUUUCUUCUUUAUUUUGUUCACACCUUGGAAGAUUAUGGCCAGACCCAGACUAUGGUAGGAUCCAAAGUAUUUAUGUUACGACUCUCGACUCGCUCGGAUUAGAGCAAAUGCGAUUUGUUUUUAAUCAAAUUGUUCACGAAAGUGUUUAUCUACAUAUAGUUUCAUAUACAUAUAUUUAUAUGAAUUCGUAUAGAUAAAGGUAUACAUAGAUAUUUGCAUCGCAAUCAAAUUGAAUAUAUAUAUAUAUACAUAUAUAGGCAGUCAGGUCAGAUAUAAACUGUGGAGCUCGGCUAAGAGCUUACGUAGCAAUCUACAUAUAUAACUAUGUACUACUACACCUAUUGAAACUACACCUAAUGAAAAACGCCAAAAUUUGUAAACGAGUAUCGAAGAUAACUUAUUUUAUACAUAUACUAUAUAUAUCUGUUUGUGUAUGUGUGUGUGUGCGUGUGAGUGCAAGUGUGCAUAUAUAUAGUGGUCGCUAGUAAAUCAUAAAGCUUAAGUAUUUUUCAUUUCCCUAGAACUCUGUUUUUUUUUUUCCUUUUCUUUUUUAUAUAAAAUCAAUUUUCACCUCAAAUUUUGAAUUUAGCAGCGGCCACUGCACUGCGGUAGACAUCUAUAUAUAUCGAAUAUGCUUUGCAUUAUAUAAUUAUAUGUGUGCACUUUUGCAAUAUAUAUAUACAUAUAUGGUGCAUCUGUGUGUAUGUCUGUGUGUGUGUGUGCGUAUAUGUGUAUUCGGCUAAUCAGCGCGUACAACUCCAACAGCUUUCAAUAGUCCAGCAGGUCAAGUCGAAUCGAGAGAGAGAGAGAGAUUCCUUCGGCUGACUUGUGUUGUCUCCAAUGUCGUCCACUUUUUAUUAUUGUAUGAAUUUUGUACAUAACUGUGUAUAUUUACAUAUGUGUGAAAUAAUCUAUACCAUGUAUUAUGUUGAGGCCAAAAAUGUUACAGGCAAGCAUUUACAUAUAUAAAGAAAGUAAGGGAGGAAGAGAGAGGAGGAGAGAGAGAGAGCGCUGUAACAAAUUUUGGCCCAUGCUUAUGUAUCUGUAUAUUUAAAACUUUGUUGUUAUUUUUUUAAGUGCAAUUAGUGUUUAUUUUGUGCUCUGCCGCUUGUUAAUAAUCAAUCAAGAUGACUUCAAAACAA